AUGACUCCCUUCUCCGAUACCAAAUCCUCUGCCUCUAUCGACCAAAAGAAACUCUUCGCUAUCUCGGGUAGAUCCACUCCCCAACCGUCUGGAAGCAACGUUCAUGGAAGUGUAAGCGCCUCUCAAGUUCCUUCGAAAAAGUCAUUUGCCGCUGCUACCGCCAUCACUUCUAUCCCCUCCUCAUCUUCUAUCCCAUCCAACGGAAGCAACAGUAAUGCGGCAUGGGCCAGCGUUGUCCUUCAACUUCUAGAAGCUGCUAAGGCAGGUGACGUCGAUCUGGUCUGUCGCCUUGUUGUAGCCUAUCAACGAAGUCCUGAGGGAGAUGGUAAACCACCCACAGAUCUCAUUAAUUGUCGAGACAUCGAUGGACGCCACUCAACACCACUACACUUCGCCGCGGGAUACAACCGAUUGGCAGUUGUAGAGAUGCUCCUCAAAUUUGGUGCAGAUGUACAUGCAAAAGACAAAGGAGGUCUGGUGCCAUUGCACAAUGCCUGCUCAUAUGGACAUGCAAAGGUGGCGGAGUUGUUAAUUCAACACGGUGCCAACGUGAAUGUCACCGAUCUCUGGCGUUUCACACCCCUUCAUGAGGCCGCUGCAAAGGGCAAAUUCGACAUUUGUCGUCUUCUGCUCAAACACGGUGCCGAUCCGAGCCGCAAAAAUCGAGAUGGUCACACACCGCUCGACCUCGACACUGACAGCCUUGUCUACGAUCUUCUACGUGGUGAUACUGCAGUCCUUGAAGCCGCUAAACGUGGUAAUCUCGCCAAAAUUCAACGCCUCAUCACCCCUGAGAACAUUAAUUGCCGCGACACUGCGGGUCGCAACUCCACACCCUUGCACCUUGCCGCAGGCUAUAACAAUCUCGAGGUGGUGGAGUUCCUUCUCGCUGCGGGCGCUGAUGUUAAUGCUCAGGACAAAGGUGGUCUCAUUCCACUGCACAACGCCAGCUCCUACGGCCAUGUGGACGUUGCUGCAUUGUUGAUUAGGCAUGGAACCUCGGUGAAUGCAGUUGAU